AUGUCUCGAUUGUGGUUCUCCUGUCACCACAUUGUGAACCAGGGAGAUGUGGCAGCGACAGCAUCUAUUCAGACGGCCAUGACGAAUUGGCAAAACCCCAGAGUUAUUCCCCAGACCAAGUCAACGGGUCCGACGAUGGAGCAAAAUCCGGAGAACUAA